GAAUCAUUCAAAAUCUGGAGAUCUAGAACAAUGCUAUCUGAUAGAACUUUUUGUGAUGAUGGAAAUGUUCUUUAUGCUGUUCAGUACCGUAGCCAUUAGCCACGCUUGGCUAUUGAACACUUGAAAUGUGGCUAGUGUGACUGAGGAACAGAGUUUCUCAUUUGAUUUAAUUUAGUUAGAUUUAAAUAGCCUCAUGUAGCUAGUAGCUACUGUAUUGGAUAGCACACAUUUAGAGAAUGGUAUUGCCUCUCACCCUAGAUCAGUGGUUCUCAACCUUUUUUCCCUGCCUGAAGAAUACAUAUUUCUUGAGGGAUAGACACAUUUCCAUUGGUUCUUGUGGCAGUGAUUCUUAGAUUCUUAACUGUGGGGUUGUAUCAUUCUGGGGGAAGGCAUGUUCUAUUUGGGAAAAAAGCCUCCAGGUGAUUCUGAUCUUUUCCCCCCUCUUAGGUGCCUGCUUCCUCCCUUACCAUCUUUCCCUGAAGAAUUAUUGCUCUAAGUGCCGGAAUGUUCAGAUUUAGAACUCUAGUUGCUUCUGCAGGAAGCAUUUUUGGCGGUUUGGUCCUCAAGAAGUUCCUAAAAGAAAUACAGUCUAUACUGCCUGGACUCUCUGCAGAGCUGAGCUGGACUUCAGAGGAAACCAGUUAUUCUCAGGACGUGUCAGGGGUAACACCCUUCCAGAUGAUUUUUGAGGCUCAUGAAAAGCCCAGAACUUUGAUGACAGAUAGCCUGGUUAUAAAGAAUUUUUUACACAAAGUCAUCACUGUGCUCCCCAAGAUUAGAUUUAAUUUUAGUGUAAAGGUGAAUGGAAUCCUCUCCAUGGAGAUCUUUGGGGCAGAGAAUGAACCUACUUUGAACCUGUCAAAUGGAAUUGCGCUUGUCGUAAACCAUCAGCAUUAUGUGAGUACACCAAAAUUUGGUACAACUGAAUUACUCUGCAGCAGAAUCCAUCCUGUGCUAGGACAUCCAGUAAUGCUCUUCAUCCCUGAUGAUGUGGCUAAAAUGGGCUUGUUGGGGGAGCUGAUACUGACUCCAGCUGCUGCUCUCUGUCCUUGCCCAAACGUCUUUUCCAACCAGCUGAAUAGGAUUUCUUCAGCUUCCAUAUUUCUAUAUGGACCUUCAGGUCUGCCUCUGAUAUUGCUAAAUCCGGAGCAGCCAACUUCUACUACCUUCAAAGAUACCUCUUAUUUCAUUAACUGGAAGAAAUACCACUUGUGUAUGGUGCCCAAUUUGGAUUUAAAUUUCGAUAGAGAUUUGGUGCUUCCAGAUGUGAGUUAUCAGGUGGAAUCCAGUGAGGGGGAUCAGACUCAGAAUAUGGACCCCCAGGGACAAACUCUGCUGCUUUUUCUCUUUGUGGACUUCCACAGCGGAUUUCCAGUCCAGAAAAUGGAACUCUGGGGAGUCCACACUUUGCUCACAACUCAUCUCAGUGCCAUUCUCACGGAGAGCCACAGUGUGGUGCAAGAUUCCAUCCAGGUCGCUGUGGACCAGGCCUUGGAGCAGCAUCACCAGGCUGUCAAGGCUCAUCAGAAACUACAGGCCUCACUCUCAGUGGCUGUGAAUUCCAUCAUGAGUAUCAUGACUGGAAGCACCAGCAGCAGCUUCCGAAAGACAUGCCUCCAGACGCUUCAAGCAGCUGACACACAGGAAUUUGGGACCAAGCUGCAUAAAUCAUUUCAUGAGAUCACCCAGAACCGAUUUCUUCACCACUGCUCACGUGAGGUGAAGCAGCAGCUGCUCCCAGAGAAAAAGAAUGCAGAGCAGAGCACAGAGGACGCGCAUGAGAACAGCAGCCUGGAGCUCCUUGCAGGGACCAGCGGGCAAGUAGAAAACAAGAGUCUCAAAAGAGGCAGCCUCUGCCAAGGAGUGGAGGAGACGCGGGCUUUCCGCUCCCCUCGGGCCCUGAACCCGUCAGAGGCCACCUUGGGCCGCGCGGAACCCACCGCGGCUCCCCUGACCCCUAGCAGAAACAGGACGGGCCCCAGGAGCGGCCUGGAGGACGCGCUGUGGCUGCAGGAAAUCUCCAAUCUGUCCGAGUGGCUGAGUCCCGGCUCCGCGUCCUGAACCGGGCCCCCUCCCGCCGCCUCCACGUCUGCCCCGCCGCUGCCGGGCCCGCGUGUUGUCUGUAGUUCAAUAAACCUACUCUGCGC